AAGACAUGCUAGCAUUAGUACAAAAGCUUAAAAGACGUAAAAAGCCCUGCUAAAAAAACGGAAACAGAAUUAAACUUGUUCAUUAGGUUUUAAGUUAAUAAUUUAUGUUUUACUUCUGCUGUAUAACCAAUGUUUUGUUUAUUUUAUUGACAGUUGGAACUGGAGUCUGUAAUUAUAACAUAUUGAUGCAUAAAUAAAUAAAUAAAAAAGGGAAAAUAUAAAAAUUGCUGUGUAUGAGAGGCAUAAAAAGGCAGCGCUUCAAUUAGAUCACGUGAUACUGUAAUAUGACACUGCAUAGUAUCUGCUUUGUAACUUAAGCUAAAUGCUUGUAUUUUUUUCCUGUAAAAUGCUGGGAUCUCAAUAGAAAUUGCACAGUCAUGCUCAUGAAAACAUGAAUAAUUAAUCUUUUAGAAAUAAGGUAAAAAAAAUCUAAAUGUUCAACAAAACUGAUCCUUUAAGUCAAACCAGAAGCCCCUCCUCAUCCUUAAAUUAAAAAAAAACACAAAGUUGUGUAGCAGUGCUGUUAGCAUUGAUGGACAGCCGUCUAUCAGUUAGUAUUUACUCAAUAAACUAAAAGUUUGACCUCCUUUCACAGGUAAACUGCUGCAAUUAACAUGUAGGAGUGGGAUGUUGGGUUCAGCACCAUGGACAGCGAUCUCCUCCGUUAAUCAUGUAUUGACCAGAGAGUGUUUUCUUUAACUCUAACCCCACCACACCUCCCCAACCCACGUGGUCCACGUCCCGGGACCAUAAGCUGAGGGCGCGUGCGCCCUCCCCUCCCCUCCUCUCCUCCAUCACUGCCCGCAACAAAACUGCUUGGGCUCGCCUUGUUCGUGACACAAGCCCGCAUAUAUAAAGCGCGCACAGCAGCGCUCUCAGUCGCUGUGAAAGCCACGCACCCCUCACCUACGCGCACACACACCCACACACACGCGCUCUCCCCCCUUUUUUUUCCCAUCACUGCGCACGUCCUCCACUGUGAUCCGGCUGGAUGAGUUACCCGGCGGAGACGAUAGGAAGCCCUUUCAGGAGAGUUAUGGAGACGAGAACUUCCAGCUACGGUUACGGCCGCCCCAGCGGGACCCCGUCCAGCGGCUUCCGCUCCCAGUCCUGGUCCCGGGGAAGCCCCGGCUCCACUCUGACCGCCUCCUACAAACGGAGCUUGAACGCGCCGGUGUCCCGCGCGUACAGCUCCACGGUGCUCAGCUCCGCCGACAGCGUCGACUACGGCCAGAACUCGCUCCUGAACGGCGACUACAAGAGAUCGAACGAGAAGGAGCAGCUCCAGGGGCUGAACGACCGCUUCGUAGUCUACAUCGAUAAGGUGCACUACCUGGAGCAGCAGAACAAGCAGAUUGAGGACGAGAUUCAGGCGCUGCGGCAGAGGCAGGUGUCGCGCUCCAACUUGGAUGACCUGUACGGUCAGGAGCUGCAGGAGCUGCGCUCCAUGCUGGAGCAGAUCCACCACGACAAGGCGCAGAUCCAGCUGGACACCGACCACAUCGAGGAGGACGUCCAGCGGCUCCGGGAACGCUUCGAGGAGGAAGCCCGCAUCCGCGAGGAGACCGAGGCCAUCAUCCGCGUGCUGAAGAAGGACGCCAACGACUCGGAGUUGGUCAAGUCCGAGUUGGAGAAGAAAGUUCAGUCGCUGCAGGACGAGAUCGCCUUCAUCCGCAACAACCACGAGGAGGAGGUGAGCGACCUGAUAGCGCAGAUCCAGGCGUCCCAGGUGAGCGUGGAGAGGAAGGACCUCCAGAGGGCUGACAUCACCGAGGCUCUGCGGGAGAUCCGCUGCGAGCUGGAGGGUCACUCCAACCAGAACCUGCAGCAGGUGGAGAACUGGUUCAUGUGCCGCUACGCCAAGCUGACGGAGGCUGCGGAGCAGAACAAGGACGCCAUCAAGUCCGCCCGGGACGAGAUCGCAGACUACCGCCGCCAGCUGCAGUCCAAGACGGUGGAGCUGGAGUCUGUGCGCGGGACCAGAGACUCGCUGGAGAGGCAGCUGAGUGACAUCGAGGACCGCCACAACAGCGACCUGGCCAGCCUCCAGGAAACAAUUCACCAACUUGACAAUGAGCUCAAGAGCACCAAGUGGGAGAUGGCUCGUCAUCUCCGGGAGUACCAGGACCUGCUCAAUGUCAAGAUGGCCUUGGAUAUUGAGAUUGCUGCAUACAGGAAACUCCUUGAAGGUGAGGAGACCCACUUUAGCACUUUCCCUUACCGCCAGGCGGUCACCUCCACCAAAACCGCCAAGCCAAAGUCGGAGGUCUCCAAGCUGAAGGUGCAGCACAAGUUUGUAGAAGAGAUCAUCGAGGAGACGAGGGUGGAAGACGAAAAGGCCGACCUGGACGAGGCGCUGGCAGACAUUGCGCAUGAGAUCUCAGCAGAGGGGGAGGAUGAGGCUGGAGAGGAGGAGGAAGAUGGAGAAGAGGGAGGGGAGGAAGAGGAAGUGGUGGCCAGUAAAGCUGAAGUCAGCGCCAGCGAACCUGCCAAGGAAGAGGAUGGAGAAGAUGAAGGGGAUGCGGGUGAGGAGGGGGAGAAGGAGGAAGAGGAAAAAGGAGAGGAUGAGGAAGACAAGGGGGAUGAUGCAGAAGAGGGCGAUGAAGAUGGAGAAGAGGGACAGGAAGGGGAGGAGGAAGUUGAGGAGACUGUCCUUUGCUCCAAAGCAUCCGAGUCCAAAGCUUCUCCUGGGGACAAGGAGGGAAGUGGAGGAGAGGAGGAGGAAGAGGAGGAGGCAGGAAGUGAUAAGGAUGAAGAUGCAGGCAGUGGCAAAGCAUCUAAAAGCGAAGACGAGAAAGAGGAUGCAGACAAGGACAUAAAAGAAGAUGAGAAGAAAAGUGAAAAAUCAGAAGAUAAAGUGGAAAAAACUCCAACAAAGUCAGAAGCUGAAAAGCCUGAAGAGAAAAAGGAAGAAUCAAAGUCUGAAGCACCCAAAUCUGACUCUCCAAAACCUAGUUCCCCUAAAUCUGAAUCACCAAAACCUAGUUCCCCUAAAUCUGAAUCACCAAAACCUAGUUCCCCUAAAUCUGAAUCACCAAAACCUAGUUCCCCUAAAGCUGAAUCCCCAAAGUCUGGUUCCCCUAAAGCUGAAUCUCCUAAAUCUGAAUCUCCAAAACCCACUUCUCCAAAGGUAGAGUCUCCCAAAGAGGGGUCACCUAAAACUGCAUCCCCAAACGCCGAAUCUCCAAAAACGGAGACCAGCAAGCCUGAGGCUCCUAAAGAAGAAAAGCCAGACACCAAGAGUGACUCCAAAGAAGACAAACCAGUGGAAAAGAAGGAUGUUGCCAUGAACGGCGACGUGGACAAGAGCAGCCCCGAGGAGAAGGAGAAGAAAGAUGAGGACAAAGACGUGAUCGCCAACGGCGUGGACGAGAGUCCCGUCAAAGAAGACGGCGGUCAGAAAGUGGUGAUCACCAAAACCGUGGAGACAAUCACCACCGGAGAGGACGGCUCCAAGCACGUCACCAAGUCGGUCACAGUGACAGAAACGGUCAAGGAGGUGGAGGAGGUGAUGCAGGAGAAGCUGGUCUCCACCAAGAAGGCGGAGAAGCACUCCACCCAGUCCGUCAAGCAGGUGACGGAGGGCGACUGAGAGGCCUCGGCGAGGCGGGGGGGCGGGGGUCGACAGGAGGAGAGCACAUGACAAGCAAUCAAACCAGAAAUCAAAGAAAAUCAUACAGCUAGAGCGACGAGCAUUCUCAAAAACAAACCUAGAAGCUACCGAGUUCAAACAUGCAUGAGUGAAAGCUUCACUGCAGACGGAGCAAAAGACUGAGGCAUUUUACCCUCCUUUACUUACAUUCUGCUCUUCAUGGGGGUGGGGGGUCUGCAUGCUAGCUCAAAGAAGGAGUGGGGGGUCCUUUUCCCUUCAUAUCUGUAAAAAGAGGGUUUAUGUAAACAUAACAUGCACUGUGGUCGGGAUGGAAAUAAUGGAGUUUGAGACAAAGUUGGGGGGGGGGGGUGCAUUCUACUGAAAAGCCUUACUUGAAGAGUGAUAAUAUCAUCUGAGCCAAAAAACAAAAAAUCAACGCUAACUACAAAUAAAUAUGAUAAAGACAGAAACACACAACCUGAAGCAGCCAGUACCUGAAGGCAUCACAGCUUAACCUGACGGAUCUCCUCCUCGCCUUAAACAUGCUUUUUAUCUCUUCUGUUUACCUGAGUGCAACUUAAAAAAACUCUAAUAAAAUCUCUUACUGUAAACGCAUAGAAACAUGCAUUCUUGUAUGCAUAGGAUGGAAUUCAGUUCAAUGACAGAAAUACACAAGGUGCUACUGUUUGCAGUCCCAUGACUUUACCCAUUGUGAAGAAUUUCCCAGCAGCAUUUGCUCAAUAAAGAAAGCUAUGAAACUAU